AUGGAGACGUUCCGGAUCCAGCCCUUUGGGUCUAAGCCAGAGAGUCUGUUGGCUUCUGCUUCAGAAAACUAUAAUGACAAUGCUGAAUGCGCAGUUGAUGUAACAACUUUGAUUAGUUUAAUAACUAAAGAAAAACUAUCCUUCUCAGGGUGCAUGGUGCAAAUGUUUCUCUCCUUUGCCAUGGGGGUCACAGAGUGUGUGCUCCUAGGCAUGAUGGCACUUGACCGCUAUGUUGCCAUCUGCUACCCACUAAGAUACCCUGUCAUCAUGAGCAAGGGCGCCUAUGUGCCCAUGGCAGCUGGGUCCUGGGUCACUGGGCUUGCUGACUCAGUGGUGCAGACAUCUCUUGCAAUGCAGUUACCAUUCUGUGCUAAUAAUGUCAUUAGCCAUUUUGUCUGUGAAAUUCUGGCUGUCCUGAAACUGGCCUCUGCUGAUAUUUCAAUCAAUGUGAUCAGCAUGGCCGGGUCAAAUCUAAUUGUUCUGGUUAUUCCAUUGCUAGUAAUUUCCAUCUCUUAUAUUUUUAUUGUUGCCACUAUUUUGAGGAUCCCUUCUACAGAAGGAAAACGGAAGGCCUUCUCCACCUGUUCAGCCCAUCUGACAGUGGUGAUUAUAUUCUAUGGAACCAUCUUCUUCAUGUACACAAAGCCCAAGUCUAAAAAUUUUUUUGGUACAGAUAAUCAAGACAUCAUUGAGGCCCUCAUCUCCCUCUUCUAUGAAGUGAUGACUCCCAUGCUCAAUCCCCUCAUCUAUAGUCUAAGAAACAAGCUCUGCAUUCUAAUACUUAUAUUAAAAACAACAAUAAGAACACAAUAAUAGUUUAUAUAU